GUGCCGUCUUUCUUGAAGGCAACACAUACAGGACAGCGGCCAGUGCGGAGUUCAUGGUCGCUCCCCUGACGGAUUCCCCUCACCUGAUGCCUGCCUUCUGGGAUUCCCCGCUCAGCCACGGGAUAAAUGUGUUUGUUGGACUCGUGCUGUGCUUCACCAUGCUGGGACUGGGCUGCACGGUGGAGGUGAGCCAGCUCGGACAACACAUUCGCAGACCAAUCGGGGUGCUGCUUGCACUGGUGUGCCAGUUUGUCAUCAUGCCUCUGGUGGCUUUUCUGUUGGCUUUGACCUUCUCUCUGGAUGAGGUGGCCGCGAUGGCCGUUCUCCUGUGUGGCUGCUGCCCGGGAGGAAACUUAUCAAACAUCAUGUCUCUGCUGGUGCACGGAGAGAUGAAUCUGAGCAUCAUCAUGACCAUCUCGUCCACGCUGCUGGCGCUCGUGCUGAUGCCGCUGUGUCUGUGGAUCUACAGCCGGGCGUGGAUCAACACACCUGUGGUCAACCUCAUGCCUUUCGGUGCCAUCAUCCUGACCCUGUGCAGCACCCUCAUCCCCAUUGGUUUAGGAGUGAUGCUGAGGUACCGCUACACUCGUGUGGCUGACACUGUUCUGAAGGCAUCGCUGUGGUCCCUGCUCAUCACCCUCAUACUGCUCUUCAUCCUGACUGGAGCGAUGCUGGGGCCAGAGCUGCUGUCCACCAUCCCGGUCUCAGUCUACAUGGUGGCUGUCCUGAUGCCUCUGUGUGGCUACGCUGCAGGUUACGGCCUCGCCAGGCUCUUUGACCUGCCACCAAACAGCUGCAGGGCCGUGUCUCUGGAGACCGGGUGCCAGAACGUGCAGCUGUGCACCGCUAUCCUGAAGCUGGCCUUCCCCCCUCAGCUGAUCAAAGGGAUGUACAUGUUCCCUCUGCUGUAUGCCCUGUUCCAGGCAGCUGAGGCCGGCGUCUUCAUCCUGGCCUACAGGAUGUACAGGAAGGAGGUCCUGCACAAACCUGACCCCAUGAAAGACGGCGAGGACAUAUCGUAUCAAAGGUUUCACGACGAUGAGGACUUUGACUCGUCUUACGGAGCCGUGACAGUGAGUGACCCAAACACCAUCACGUUGGACCCUUGUCCUCCUGAUCCAACUCCUGUUUGAUUUGCUAAAAUAAAUGAAAUGAGCAGGAGAGGAGCUGCAGGUGGAUUCACGGCUGCCAUUCACAAAGAACAUUCAGGAAAAAGAAAAGGAGACAUCCAUAAAACAUAAGCUUCAUUCCUGCAACAUAAACAUGCACGAUUUAUGUCUAAUAUAUUGAUUAAAAACACACCAAGAGGUUUAAAGACAUUGCAUUAUUUCAUAUAAAGUGACAUUUACAUGAAUCAUCAUGCAGUUUAACACACUGCACGUGUGUGUGUGUGUGUGUGAAAACAUCUCACAAUCAAACUAUCCAAGAGACACCAACAAAUGUACAAUGCUGUAUAAAUUAUAAGAAUAAUAAUAAAAAAUGGUUUGUUUGUCA